CAAAUAAAAAAGAAAGGUCAGCUCUCAAAUUUGACUCUCCAUAGCAAAAAACUUUGAUGCAGUAGUAAAGAAGAAACCCCCAAAGCUAAGAAGCGUCUUUGAUGUUGUAGUCAACCACAAGAAGAAGAAACUCUCCAUCGUCUUCUUCACCUACUCGUUCCCUUUUCGUUUUCUCGAUCUAGUUCUGCAUUGCGUCGUCUUCAUCGAUCUCGAAUCGAUUUCGAAUCGGAUGGAGAUGGUGUUGGAAGAGAAAGAUGGAUCUGAUUGGAUUUAUAGAGGUGAAGGUGGUGCUAAUCUCGUUCUUGCUUACGCUGGAUCAUCUCCACUCUUUGUAGGGAAAGUGAUUCGAAUACAAAAGGCGCGGAGGAAUGAUAAAGCGAACAAGAAUGUGAAUGGCGUUGUUUCGGUUUUAACGAGUGAUGAGCAGCUACUGUGGAGAGAAAACAAAGAGCUUAUUUCAUCUCCUAACAAGGAAGUUCUUGAGCAAAGAUAUGUUAAGCAUGUGAUCAUACCACUCUUGGGUUCUAAACAUGUAGAUGCAGGAGUACGUGUUUCUGUGUCUAAGAAGUUUCUUGAGUGUGUUGAUAAGAAAGUUACUAAGCAGCGACCGCUAUGGCGUGUUAAUGCAGCAAAUGUUGAUACUAGUCAUGAUUCUGCUCUUAUUUUGAAUGAUCAUUCACUUUUUUCUCAAGGGAUUUCUAGCAGUGGUGACUGCAUUAGUGUUGAAAUAAAGCCCAAAUGCGGAUUUCUUCCGACAUCAAGGUUCAUAUGUAAAGAAAACAUGCUCAAAACGAGUGUAAGCCGCUUCAAAAUGCAUCAACUCUUAAAGAUGGAGUAUAACGAGAUAUCUGAAGAAAGUGAAUAUGAUCCUCUUGAUCUGUUCUCUGGAUCCAAAGAGAGAGUUUUGGAAGCUAUAAAAGCCUUAUAUUCUACUCCCCAAAACAAUUUCCGUGUAUUCUUGAAUGGUUCUCUCAUAUUAGGGGGUUCGGGAGAAAGCACCGGGAGAACCAGUCCUGAAAUCGGGUAUGCCUUUGAGGAUGCUCUCAAAGGCUUCAUUCAAUCAGAAGACGGUCAGAGGACAAAGUGCUUUCUACAACUAGUAUCUGACGCUGUUUAUGACUCAGGAGUGCUUAAUAGACUUCUUGAAAUUCAGAAGCUAGACAAAUUAGACAUUGAAGGAGCGAUUCAUUCUUAUUACAAUAUUAUCAACCAGCCUUGCCCUAUUUGUAAAGAAGCUAGGCCAUUUGAGGCGAAAUCGUCUCUACAUGCUUUACCUUUAGAUGAAAGCUUGAAGAUAGUGAAAGAGUAUCUAAUUGCUGCAACUGCCAAAGACUGUAGUCUUAUGAUCAGUUUUCAAUCAAGAAAUGCUUGGGACUCAGAAUCUCCAUGUGAUUACGUCUCUCUGCAGUCGACCAAUCAAACGUUUGAUUACAAGGUACACUUCAUUGAUCUAAGCCUGAAACCAUUAAAGAGAAUGGAGGCAUACUACGUACUGGAUAAGAAGAUAAUUAACUUCUACAGUCAGAAGCAUAAGAUCGAAAGCACGUCGAAACAAAUCGGCAGCUCAAAACCUUCCCACGUCUAAGUUACCAAUUACUUUUUAUUGUUGUUGUUACUGUUGUAAAACAUAAAGCCGUAAAAGAUGAAAUGUUUAUUUAUAAUUUGUUGGAACGAUAUCUCCUCUCCCUGGUCUUUCAUCGCGCAACUCAGACACUCGGGCAUGGAGGGUAGUCGUUUCCUGGAGAUGUUUCCCUGGUCCAGAAUGCUCUCCAUCAAGUAUUGGAUUGCUUGUAGACACAAAGAUGGUGGAGCAUAGUCUGUGUUACUCGCCUUCGAUGGAAAAUGUUGUAGUCAUCGAUUUUCCGAUCUGUUGUGUCUAUUGAAUGGUGUCACUGUCACGGUUGGAAUUGCUUUUUUCUUCCUUGAUACUAUUAAGCGGUGCAACAAUAUUGAAAUGGAUUUUUCUUUGUGCUGAA